AUGGGAGGAGAUCUCGAAAAAGAGUGCAAGAAGGCCGCGCAAAUCCUCAAGAACUUCGUUGACAAGAAAAGAAUACCCCCAGAAGUAGUGAAGAAUGCGAAGGGUCUGGCAAUCUUCUCAGGCUUCCGGGCCGCCAUGUGGUUAGCUGGUGCGGGCGGUUCUGGUGUCAUCAUUGCUCGUCUGCCCGACGGCUCCUGGUCCCCGCCGUCCGCAAUCUCAGUCUUCUCCGGUGGUGUCGGUGUCGUUUACGGCAUAGACGUGUACGAUUGCAUCUGCGUGCUCAACACACAAGAGGCCGUCGAUGCGUACGCAAAGGGCGAGACAACUUUGGGCGCCGCCGCUACAAUGGCCGCGGGCCCAAUUGGAGGGACUGCUGAUAUCACCACCAAGGAUGUCAAACCUAUCUGGACAUACACCAAAUCAUUAGGUCUGUACGGUGGCAUAACGGUGGACGGCACGAUCAUCAAGGAGAAGUCCGAUGUCAACGCCAGGGCAUAUGGAGGCAAGAUCACGGCCGCGCAGAUCUUAAAGGGCGAGGCAAGGUCGGUACCAUCGGGUCAGCUUCCAGAGGUUCUCAAAUUGGCCGAAGGAAACGCGGCAGACUCCAAAAUCCUUGACUCAAUCAGUACUGAACCGACACCGGGCGACUUGAAGGAGUAA